UUCAGACCUUAAAAUCCUAAACUUCUCGCACUGCCGUCGCUCACCUCCACCGCCGUCGCUCUCCUCCACCAUCGUCGACAACCCCUCGCCGCCAUCCACCGCCGCUACAAGUCCGCCGCGUAUUCUCCUCUGCCUCCGCCUUCCCUCUGCGGCUCUGCCACCCCUACGCAAUCGACGACCGCCGACGAUCAGCCGCCGCCGACCGGCCACUGUCUCGUCUCCCCUCCGCGGCUCCACCUUCUGCCUUCACCCACCGCCUCCCCUCCGCCUUCGCCCGCGGCUCCACAUCACGCAGUGAAUUCGCCUCGAAAAUCGAUGCACACAGUGUUGGGGAGAGUUGGGGUUUAUGGAUUUGGCGGCUGCAGCCAGAAGAGGCGCAAGUAUGACGUUCAGGAAGAAGAUGAUACUAUGGAAAUGGUGCAGAUUGGAGCUGAGAGGACCAAGAAUGUGUUGAUUCUCAUGAGUGACACCGGUGGCGGCCACCGUGCUUCGGCAGAGGCGAUUCGUGAUGCCUUCAAGCUGGAAUUUGGUGAUGAAUACAGGAUAUGGCCAGGAACAAAAGACUCGUUCCAUCAGCACCUGGAGAGAUUUCAGUUCAAAGAAAACAGAUAAAGGCCAUUAUCUAGUCACUUCUUCCAGCUUGUACAGAACCAGAUAUAGAAACAGGACAGCCUUUUAGGGUUCAAGCAAUUAUUGCAAAUCCCCCUGCAUAUGGUACUAACUCUUGCUCACUUUAGUUCCUCAGCUUCUUUACAUUCUAGUUGAUUUUAAUCUUUAAAUAUUCACUGCUGUGCUCUGGAGUCUGUGGUGUACUUACUAAUAAAUCACUAUUUAGCAAAGAGUGACAUCUAUGAUGUGCAAGGGCUUUUGAUACAGGGAAACUGUGAGUGGUUUUUUCUUGUAAUGGAUUGAGACAUUGAGUAAUGAUAGUAUGCCUAAUAAGUUGAGUGUAA